AUGUAGGAUUUCUUAUUUAUAAGUGAUAACAUCUAACCUACUAUUAAGAAGGUGAAACUAGACCUUUUUAACUCAUUUGAAGAUGAAACAACAUCAACUAUCAUAAAAAAAUAGGAUCCAUCUUUUAUUCCCUUUUUAAGUUUAAGAUAAAAAUUUGGAGUACAUUAAAAAGGUGGAUAUUAUCCACUUCCAAAAAAGUAUGUAUCUCUUUUAGAUUUGUGCAAUAAAAUAGAGAUGAAUUACUUAAGAAAUUAAUGUUAAAUUUAGUUUACAAUCCAAAAUAAUUUCCCAGAAAUCAUUUAAGUACUUUAGUUAUUAAAUUUGGAUCCUAAAUUAUACAAAAUAAAAGUAAUUUAAGAUGGUAUAGUUAUUUAACAUCCAUUUUAAAUUAAUUCUAACAAGAGUGAUAAUAUAACAAUUGUAAAAUCUUCUUAAGAAAUUGCAUAGUUAUAUGAUUUAAUUAAUAAAAGAAUAUAAUAAUUAAGAGAGAAACUUGAUUAAUAAGUAUAAAUUAAACACAAAGAGCAUUUAUCAAUAAUUAAUUGUGAAGAUUUUGAACAAUUUGGAUCAUAAUUCAAAAUCUAUCAUAAUGAUUUUAAUUUGAAUGAUUGUCCUGAUAUAAAACCAAUUAAAUUAAAGAAAACUAUUUUCUCAAAUGAAUUAAUAUAAUUUCAUCUUGAUAUGUUAAAUUUCAUGACUGAACAUUACGAUAAAAGAGGUGUUAGUUUCAUGUUUUAUGAUCAUAUCAUUAUAAUACUUAGUGUUCAUUUUAAUAAAGUUAAAAGUGAAAUAGAAAAAGCUUUAAAAAAUAUAAUUAAUUUGAUUCCAGAUAAAAUAUAAAUUCUAAUGAAUCAUAUAAAUAAACAAAGGUGGAUGAUUUAAUUGGAUAGAGCUUCUCUAACAUAAUAAAAUAAAAAAUGUAUAUUGAAUUCAUUUUUGUGUAAUUGA